AUGAGUGGCCCAUCACUGCAGGCUCUAGCGUCGUGGAGCAGCAAUGGAUCCACGCCGGUGUGCCAAUGGCGCGGCGUGGCGUGUGGCACGAGGGGACGCCGCCGCGGCCGUGUCGUCACGCUGGCACUGCCAGAGCUCGACCUCCUCGGCAAGGUGAGCCCUGCACUGGGAAACCUCACCUACCUGAGGCGGCUUGAUCUUCCCAGCAACUGCCUCCACGGCACGCUGCCUCCGGAGCUUGGCCACCUUCGUGAGCUCAGGUAUCUCAAGCUCAACAAUAACUCCAUCCAAGGGUCCAUCCCUCCAUCGCUCUCCAGCUGCAAGCAGCUCAGGAGCAUCCAGCUAUACAGCAACAAGUUGCAGGGGCAGAUCCCAAGGCAGCUUGCAGCACUCCUAAAUCUCGAGGAACUCGUCCUUGGCAAGAAUACACUGACAGGAAGAAUCCCUUCCAGCAUUAGGAGCCUUGCAAGCCUCAAACUUUUGGUGGUAGAGUUCAACAACCUGACAGGAGAAAUCCCGUCGCAGAUUGGCAGCCUGGUCAACCUCGUCUAUCUGGGUCUAGGUUCCAAUCAGCUCUCAGGCCCCAUUCCCACUUCGCUAGGGAACCUCUCGGCUUUAACAGUUCUUAACGCCUACGAGAAUGAACUGGCAGGGAGCAUACCCCCGUUGCAAGGCAUGUCAUCUCUCAGGGAACUUGAUCUCACGGCAAACAACAUUCAAGGAACCAUCCCUCCUUGGUUAGGGAAUCUCUCCUCCAUGGUAUCUUUAAACCUUCAGAGAAAUAGCCUUGGGGGAUGCAUUCCAGAAUCUUUAGGGAACCUUCAGUUGCUUUCGUCCAUUUCAUUGGCAAAUAACAAACUUGUAGGUCCUAUUCCUGAUGCCAUCAAAAACAUGCAUGCCCUUACUGAACUUUACCUAGAGAAUAAUCAGCUAGAAGGCCCUUUGCCACUUUCGAUGUUCAACCUCUCCUCUCUUAAAAUGCUAAACAUACAAAACAACAGCCUCACUGGGGGGUUUCCACCUGACAUGGGCAAUAAGCUUUCCAAACUACAGCAGUUCCUUGUAUCCGAUAAUCAAUUUCAUGGUCUGAUCCCACAAUCCUUGUGCAAUGCAUCCAUGCUUAAGAUGAUUCAAACAGUAGAUAUUUUUUUAUCCGGAACAAUUCCACAAUGCUUGGGAACUCGCCAAGAGUUGCUGUCUGUAGUGAAUUUUAAGGGGAAUCAGCUUGAAGCAACAAAUGAUGCUGAUUGGGGUUUCUUGACUACUUUAACGAAUUGUAGCAAUAUGAUUGUACUGGAUGUUAGUAUGAACAGGCUCAAAGGAGUGCUACCAGAAUCAAUUGAUAAUCUGUCAACACAAAUGGAGUUCCUUGGCAUAGCAUCCAACUAUAUAAAAGGAACAAUAACUGAAGCGAUAGGAAACCUCAUCAACCUGGAUUACCUUGACAUGGAAAAUAAUCUUCUACAUGGCCCUAUUCCACCAUCUCUCGGCAAACUUCAGAAGUUGAAUAGAUUAUAUUUGACAAAUAACAAUUUGUCAGGAUCCAUCCCAGUGACUCUUGGAAAUCUCACCAAACUCACUACCCUUUUCCUCAGUACUAAUGCACUCGGCGAUAAGAUUCCUACCACCAUUGGGGAGUGCCAAAGCUUACAAUAUCUCAAUAUGUCCGGGAACUUCCUUGAGGGAACAAUUCCCUUAACUGUAGGACAGUUAAGGGGUCUCCAUGUCCUUGAUUUUUCUCGAAAUAAUUUAUCUGGCAGAAUUCCCAACUUCCUCAGUGGUAUGACAGGUCUUUCUAGUUUGAAUCUUUCAUUCAAUGGUUUUGAAGGUGAAGUUCCAAAUGGUGGAAUAUUUCUUAAUACAACAGCAACCUCAAUCAUGGGAAACAGUGAUUUGUGUGGUGGAAUCCCUCAAUUCAAGUUAAGAGCAUGUUCCACUAUUGCCAAAAAGAAGCUAUCUUCAAAGAUUGCCGUGUUUAUCAUCGUAAGCAGUGCAAUUCUGCUUGCCAUACUAUCUGCGUUGUUCGUGAUAUGCAAUAGGAGUAACCUUAGAAGAGCAAACCCGAACGUAUCACUAUCCAGUGAGAAACACAUCAGAGUUUCUUAUGCCGAAUUGGCCAAAGCAACAAGUGAUUUCACAUCCAGGAACCUCAUUGGAGUAGGCAGCUUUGGUGCAGUGUACAAGGGGACAAUGGAAAUCUGUGCCCAACAAGUGGUGGUUGCAGUGAAGGUGCUCAACUUGCAACAAGCUGGUGCAACUCGAAGUUUUGAUGCAGAAUGUGAGGCUUUGAGAUGUGUUCGACAUCGGAACCUUGUAAGGGUUAUAACAGUGUGCUCAAGCAUUGAUUACCGAGGUGCUGAUUUCAAGGCACUUGUAUUUGAGUAUCUGCCAAAUGGAAAUUUAGACCAGUGGCUACACAAGCAUCUGGAGGAAGAUGGUGAACCCAAGAUUCUAGAUCUUAUUGGGAGACUCCAAAUUGCCAUUGAUGUAGCUUCUGCAGUUGACUACUUGCACCAUCACAAACCAUUUCCAAUUAUUCACUGUGACCUCAAGCCGAGCAAUAUUCUUCUUGACAACAACAUGGUUGCACAUGUUGGCGAUUUUGGGCUUGCAAGGUUCCUACAUCAAGAACACAUUGACAAGUUAGAGAGAUCAAAUGGAUGGAGUGCAUGUUUGUUGAAUCCAGAGUAUGGACUGGGCAAUGAAGUCUCGGUCCAUGGUGAUGUCUACAGUUAUGGUAUACUAUUGCUGGAGAUGUUCACUGGAAAAAGACCAACAAGCUCUGAGUUUGGGGAAGCUCUUAGCCUUCAUAGGCAUGUAGAAAUGGCACUGUCAGAUCAAGCAGCCAAUGUCAUUGACCAAGACCUACUAAGAGCAACAGAGAGUGUUCAAGGAAUAGCACAGAACUAUCAUGGCACUGAAGAGAAUGAAAUUGGUUGCAUCGUUUCGGUUCUGAAGGUUGGAAUUAUGUGCUUGGAGGAGACACCAACUGAUCGCAUUAAUAUUGGAGAUGCACUGAGAGAGUUGCAGGCAAUUAAAGAAAAGUUCUGCAUGCAUCAGAGAUCUUCUUGGUGA